ACUAUAUAAGUCCUUUUCACCGGCUGCCCUCAGAACAACCUCGGGAAUGAAAAGAAAAACUUGUUUUUAACAAGAAACAACCCAAGAAAAUACACACGAGAAGAGGAACGGAUUGUUUUAUUUUUUAUUCUACAUUUAUUCAUUGUUACUGAUUUGUUUUUCUUUUUCUCAGUGUACAUUCAUUUUGGGAAAACCUCAAAGAAGCUAAGGAGAACAAAAGAACAUACAACUGUUUCAAGAAUAAAUCUACUUGUGUCUUAAAAAAAAGAAAACUUCACAAGUUUCUAUAGGAACAGGUGACACCGACCACCCAGAGGUUUAUUUGCCUGUUCCACAGUCUAUGUAUUUGGAUUUAACAUUUGACGCCCGCCGCCCUCCUACUAUGGUGAUAAUGGAAGUCCCCAGCAUCGAUGCCAUGUCCCUCCGCGGGCUGCUGGAGGGGGAAGACCCGGGCUGUCUGGUCCUGGACUGCCGCUCAUUCUUCUCCUUCAACUCCUCUCACCUCAUCGGGUCCACCAACGUCCGCUUCAGUACUAUAGUCCGCCGGAGGGCCAGAGGGGGGCUGGGGGUGGGACACAUCGUGCCCAACGAGGACACGCGGAACCGGCUUCUCUCAGGGGAGUAUCAAUCGGUAGUGUUUCUGGAUGAUCGGAGUUUGGACUUUGGCCAAGUGAAGAAGGACGGGACUCUAAUGCUCGCCGUAACAGCUCUGUGCCGACACCCGUGUGGGACUCGUUUCUUCUUUCUCAAAGGUGGUUUUGACACGUUCUCCUCGGAGUAUCCAGAGAUGUGUACCAAGCCGUCAGCUCCACAGGGACUCAGUCUGCCCCUCAGCGCCCGUCCAGACAGCGCCGACUCCGGCUGCAGUCCAUGCAGUACACCGCUCUAUGACCAGGGUGGUCCAGUGGAGAUCCUUCCCUUCCUCUACCUGGGCAGUGCCUACCAUGCCUCCAGAAAGGACAUGAUAGACAUGCUGGGUAUCACUGCUCUCAUCAACGUAUCAGCUAACUGCCCCAACCACUUUGAAGAGUCCUUCCAGUACAAGAGUAUCCCUGUAGAGGACAACCACAAGGCUGAUAUCUCCUCCUGGUUCAACGAGGCCAUAGAGUUUAUCGACUCCGUCCGUAAUAAAGGCGGUCGUGUGUUCGUCCACUGCCAAGCCGGCAUCUCCCGCUCCGCCACCAUCUGUCUGGCCUACCUGAUGAGGACCAACCGCGUGAAGCUGGACGAGGCCUUUGAGUUCGUCAAGCAGCGCCGCAGCAUCAUCAGUCCUAACUUCAGCUUCAUGGGCCAACUGCUACGGUUUGAGUCCCAGGUCCUGGCUACUACAUCCUGCUCGUCGGAAGCCGGGAGUCCUGCCCUGGGGAAGAGCAGUACGGUCUUUAACUUCCCAGUGUCUGUCCCCGUCCACGGCUCUGCUGGACACGGACAGCUCUCCUUCCUGCACAGCCCCAUCACCACCUCACCAAGCUGCUAAGGGGAAGAGUAGGACCAUAUGGAGGGUUGUCUGUCUUCGCCUGGACUUGAACUGAACUGUCACUAUUGGUGUCGAGUCGUUGUGACUGUACUGUAACAGUACUAGUAGUGUACUGUCAAAAUACUAGAACUGUACUGUCAAAAUACUAGAACUGUACUGUCACAAUACUAGUACUGUACUGUCAAAAUACUAGUAGUGACAAUACUAGUACUGUACUGUCAUAAUACUAGUAGUGUACUGUCACAAUACUGGUACUGUACUGUCAAAAUACUAGUAGUGACAAUACUAGUACUGUACUGUCAUAACACUAGUAGUGUACUGUCACAAUACUAGUACUGUACUGUCAAAAUACUAGUAGUGUACUGUCACAAUACUAGUACUGUACUGUCACAAUACUAGUAGUUUACUGUCACAAUACUAGUACUGUACUGUCACAAUACUAGUAGUGUACUGUCACAAUACUGGUACUGUACUGUCAAAAUACUAGUAGUGACAAUACUAGUACUGUACUGUCAUAAUACUAGUAGUGUACUGUCACAAUACUGGUACUGUACUGUCAAAAUACUAGUAGUGACAAUACUAGUACUGUACUGUCAUAACACUAGUAGUGUACUGUCACAAUACUAGUACUGUACUGUCAAAAUACUAGUAGUGUACUGUCACAAUACUAGUACUGUACUGUCACAAUACUAGUAGUUUACUGUCACAAUACUAGUACUGUACUGUCACAAUACUAGUAGUGUACUGUCACAAUACUGGUACUGUACUGUCAAAAUACUAGUAGUGUACUGUCACAAUACUAGUACUGUAGUGUCACAAUACUAGUAGUGUACUGUCACAAUACUAGUACUGUACUGUCACAAUACUAGUAGUGUACUGUCACAAUACUGGUACUGUACUGUCAUAAUACUAGUAGUGCACUGUCACAAUACUGGUACUGUACUGUCAAAAUACUAGUAGUGACAAUACUAGUAGUGUACUGUCACAAUACUGGUACUGUACUGUCAAAAUACUAGUAGUGACAAUACUAGUACUGUACUGUCAUAAUACUAGUCGUGUACUGUCACAAUACUAGUACUGUACUGUCACAAUACUGGUACUGUACUGUCACAAUACUAGUAGUGACAAUACUAGUACUGUACUGUCAUAAUAGUAGUAGUGACAAUACUAGUACUGUACUGUCAUAAUAGUAGUGGUGACAAUACUGGUACUGUCACAAUACUAGUAGUGUGCUGUAACAAUACUAGUGGUGGCAAUACUAGUACUGUCACAAUACUAGUAGUGUACCGUCACAAUACUAGUAGUGUACUGUAACAAUACUAGUGGUGACAAUACUGGUACUGUCACAAUACUAGUAGUUUACUGUAACAAUACUAGUGGUGACAAUACUAGUACUGUCACAAUACUAGUAAUGUACUGUCACAAUACUAGUAGUGUACUGUCAGUGUCACUCAACUACAGGUGAUUAAUCUUUGAGUUUUGGAUAGACAUUGAGCUCUAGAACUGAAGGAACCCUUAUUGAUGCCCUUCCUGGUGUAAAGGUCAUGAAGAAGUGAUCCUGGCAUCACAGGACAAAAGGGCUACCUUUUGGAGAGACAAAACCAAGUGGCCUAGUUUAUGGGUUAAAUCCACAGGUCUGCCCCAUCGACUUAAAAGGAGUUUCUCUGGCUAUCGAUAUGGCAGUAUGGUUAUCACAGCAUCCUCUUCGGAAGGUGAAUGAUACCCACAGAUCUGCCUAGAAUACCUCAACUUCUAGGAAGAGACAGCGAAGUCAGUGGCUGAAGGUAACUGGGGGAAAGGGUCAAAUUUAAAGGAAGUUAGAAGUAUUUUAAUGAGAUGAAGAGAAGAGAUUGUAUUCAAAGAACUUUUGUCAAGUAUGCAAGUCAUUUAUUGAGAGUGGUCAGCUUUUCAUAAUCACAAUUUAAAAAAUGUAACUGCCACAACUCUACACAAAAUGGGCACGUAAACCCUCCCUUGGUUACUCACAGACAGUCAUAUUUAUUGCUACCAACCAGACUCUCAGGAAUCAUGAAUUACUUUCAAUGUCCCACAGCUUUGUUCACACAAAAAACGAGCUGUCAUCCUGAGGGAAUCCCGCUAAUGCCUCGGCAAACGACGCAGGUUUAGAUAAAUCACUCCUCAAGACUCUUUAUUGUUAACGAACAAUGAAUGUAUCUCUGAUCUCUGGCCAAUCAGCCGGCUCGGAGAGCGCCAGAAGGUUUAGCCUUUUUAUAAAACACCGUAAGACCCCGACGAUCCCGGCAAUAUUGCCGGAACCAACCAACCACCAGAUACCUCUGAAACACCACCGUGCCUUUGUAGUGCUAGCAGCUGUUAGCUAACACUAGCUCUGUUAGCAUCAUACUAGCUCUGUUAGCAUCAUGCUAGCUCUGUUAGCAUUAUGCUAGCUCUGUUAGCAUCAUGCUAGCUCUGUUAGCAUCUUGUACUGUUAGCAUUAUUAGCAUGUUAGCUCUGUUAGUAUCAUUAGCAUGCUAGCUCUGUUAGCCAUUUGUACUAUUUACAGCUCUGGGAGAGAGUCAGAACCCCUAAAGCACUAAGACGGGGAUCAAACUCACCAGAGACUGCUGUCUGACUUAUUACCUAUGUGAUAUUUAUUGAACUAAAGUAAUAUAUUUCUUACCAUAUAUAUUUUUGCAUAUGUUUGUUAGUAGUUGUUUUUUGAUACCAUUAAAUAAAUCCUAUUUGUCAUUUGUA